GAUUGCUAGAGAAUAUUGAAUUUCAAUUUGGUUUUGCCAAAAAUAAUGUUCAAUUUGAAGAAAAGUUAAAAAUUUUUUUAAGUCCUGUCCUAAAAAAACUCGCAAGUCCUCAUGAAAAUGUGAGAAAAAAGGCUAUAAAUAUAUUUAACCACAUUAACAAAAGAAUGACAAAAACUGUUAAACUUCCAUGGAAUUCACUUACUGAAAUUGUUUGCUCAGAAAAUUUUAUGGAUUCUACUUUGGUUAAGAAUUUUACUAUUAUGUAUCUUCGAAAGGCUUACGAUCAGCUAACUGAAAAGCCAUUUUAUGGUCCCUUAGAUAUGUCUAUUCACAAUAUUGAAGAAGAUAAUGAAAAUUUAAAAACAAUUAUAAUUAAAUUCCAAGAACUUGAUCAGCUUGAUCAAUUCGAUCAAUGGAAAAACGAGGAAAACAUACAGGCAAUAAUAAAUAUUUUAGAAGAAAAAACUAAUAAG